AUGGAAAGUGUGUUGGGAAGUGAAGAAGCCAAUAUUGUGAAACUGGUUCCUGUAAGCAAAAAGGGUGCCAAUGACAAGCAAAUUUGGGGCUACACAAAUAAUGGGAUCUUCUCAAUAAGGAGUGCAUAUCAUUUAGAUAUGGAACUAAAAAACAGAAACAAAGGGGAGUCCUCUAGCAGGAAUUAUGAAAUUGGUAGAUGGAAGGCUUUAUGGAAAAUGGAAGUUCCUGCAGUGGUAAAGAACUUCAUAGAAGUUGAAACUGUGGGCCAUGCUAUAUGGAGUUGUGAAGCUGCAAGGGAUGUAUGGGCAGAAAAUGCUAGUCCUCUAAAGAAGUGGUCCUGCAGUGAUGAAAACUUAUGUGAAAUAUGGGAUAGAAUAAUUCAGAAGUUGCCUAAAAUGGAAGUUGAAAUGGUAGCAGUGUCCAUGCGAAAAAUCUGGUUGAGAAGGAACAAACUGAUUUUUGAAGAACAAUUUACAGGGCCAAAGAGUGUGAUUAGUCAGGCUAUUGAAGACUUGGAGGAGUACAGAGAAGCUCAAAAGGUGGGAGAGGUUAAUAGGCUGUCAGUUACAGCAGGUGGUAGAGAAGUGAAAUGGAAGAGGCCUGGAGAAAAUAUAGUGAAAAUCAACUGGGAUGCAGCUUUUGAUCAAAGAUCUCUAAAGAUGGGGAGCCGGUGUGGUGAUAAGGGAUGA